AUGGCAGUAACCUGCUGUCGAUCUAAUAUAGUUUCGACUAUACCACAUGGCAAACAUAUUGAGUGGAUGACAAAUUUACCAACAAGUCUUCAUAAUGAAUCAGUAUCAAAACUUGCGAUUCCUGGUUCUCACAAUUCAUUUGCUUACAAUCUGACACGUAGCGGUGGACCUGACUUGUCUCAAGGAUUGAAACGUUUUCUUCCAGUGAUUGGAUUUUUCAUCAAACGUUGGAGUGUCACACAAAAAGAAACAUUCACUGAACAGUUGCAGACUGGAAUUCGUUAUUUUGAUUUGCGUGUCUGUAAUGUUGUAAGCGAGGCAUCUAAUCAAACGCCUCAGUUUAAAUUUACUCAUGGUCUACUUGGUGGUCUCGUGGGAGAGUGUCUGCAAGAGAUUAAUCGAUUUCUUGAUGAGCAUUCGAAAGAAAUCGUCUUGCUUGACUUCAAUCAUUUCUAUGAAUUCAAUGAUCAAUUCGGGCAUGAUCAAUUACUUCAAUUGAUUCAUGAGAUUUUCGGAAAGAAACUAUGUACGACAGCAAGAACAAUCAGUGAAUGUACGUUAAACUAUUUGUGGACUAAUCAACAACAAGUCAUUUUAUUAUACGAAGAAAAUGCUGAUAAAUGUACCGCAUACAUGGAUCGUGUUGGUCACUUUUUCAAGAUUUGUCAAUCUCCAUGGCCAAAUACACCUCAAAUCGACAAUCUAUUUCAAUUUCUUGAUGAAAAUGUUGCGUCUCCUCGUUCAACCGACUGCAUCAAUGUUAUUCAAGGUCAAAUAACACCUGAUGAUAAAUCUAUUACAAACCACCCUUUCAGUUCACUUCAUUCGACGAGUCAAGAAACAAAUCGACGCCUGAUUCCAUGGAUUACAUGUCGCCAUCGAGAUCCAUCACUUGUGAAUGGUGUCAAUGUUGUCAUGUGUGAUUUUGUUGAUUCUGUGUUUGCUGAUUCCGUGAUCAUGCUUAACUACAAAACUGCCGGUCCUACUACUGCAGUGAAUCUAUAA